CGUUGUAGAUGGAUAUGAUAUGAAAGUAGGUGCAAAGAUGAAGGGGCAAACCUAAACUUAUUGCUUCGUGGCAAUAAAACUCUUGUCACACAGUCGUCGUGCCCCGCAAAACCCUAAUUCACCACUGCUUUCUUCGGCGGUUGAUUAUCCGAUUUCUCAAGAUGUCGAAAGAAGAGGCGAAUGGUGGAGAAGUACCGUCUGCUGCACUUGAAGAAUUGAAUGAAAAAGUUGAUGAUUUGACCGUAGCAGAUUCCUCAGAAACUGGUGCUCAGGAAGCUGCAAAAAAGAAGAAGAAGAGGAACAAAACCAAGAAGAAAAAGGAAACAAAGGAGCAAACUGAUCCACCUACUAUUCCAGUUGCCCAACUUUUCCCACAAGGAGACUUUCCAGAGGGUGAAAUUCAGCAAUAUAAGGACGAUAACUUAUGGAGGACUACAUCUGAAGAAAAGAGAGAUUUAGAGCGCUUAGAAAAGCCUAUGUAUGACUCAAUACGACAAGCGGCAGAAGUUCACCGUCAGGUGCGGAAAUAUAUGAGGAGCAUUAUGAAGCCUGGAAUGCUGAUGGUUGACCUGUGUGAAACCUUGGAGGAUACUGUUCGUAAGUUAAUAUCGGAAAAUGGUCUGCAAGCGGGCAUUGCAUUCCCUACUGGAUGUUCAUUGAAUUGGGUGGCAGCCCACUGGACCCCCAACUCUGGAGAUAAAACAGUGCUUCAAUAUGAUGAUGUGAUGAAAUUGGAUUUUGGAACUCAUAUAAAUGGACACAUAGUUGACUGUGCAUUCACAGUUGCAUUUAAUCCUAUGUUUGAUCCAUUACUUGAGGCCUCUCGUGAAGCCACAAAUACUGGUAUCAAGGAAGCAGGGAUCGAUGUACGCCUAUGCGAUAUAGGUGCUGCAAUUCAAGAGGUCAUGGAAUCAUACGAGGUAGAAAUUAAUGGGAAGGUUUUCCAAGUGAAAAGUAUCCGAAACUUGAACGGACACAGCAUUGGGCCAUAUCAAAUUCAUGCUGGGAAAUCAGUGCCAAUCGUGAAGGGAGGAGAACAGACAAAGAUGGAAGAGGGAGAAUUCUAUGCAAUUGAAACUUUUGGAUCUACGGGUAAGGGAUAUGUGAGAGAAGAUCUGGAGUGCAGCCACUACAUGAAAAACUUUGAUGUGGGGCAUGUUCCGUUGCGGUUGCCAAGAGCAAAACAGCUUCUUGCCACAAUUGAUAAGAAUUUCUCUACACUAGCUUUCUGCAGACGCUAUUUAGAUCGACUUGGAGAGACCAAAUAUUUAAUGGCUCUCAAGAAUCUGUGUGAUGCUGGUGUUAUUCAGCCUUACCCACCGUUGUGCGACAUAAAGGGUAGCUAUGUCUCUCAGCAUGAACACACAAUCUUACUUCGUCCAACAUGCAAAGAGGUUGUGUCAAGAGGCGAUGACUAUUAGUUUCUGCGUGUAAUGUAACAUAACGUAUCAUCUCCCAGAAAUGCAAUAAACUUUUGUUUCUGAAUUUUCUAUGAUUUUUGGUACUAAGAAGACAACUUAUAAAUA